AAAAUAGCCACCCACUUAAAACUUGCCAUCACUAUAUUACUAAUGCGAAAAUCAAAACAAAAACAUCAUUUUAAAUGGUAAACAUGAAGGACGAGCAAAGCUCUAUGUCUAUCUUUGCCGAAGAUAUCCUGAAGGACUACGGCGCUUUUGUGUCAGAGCACGAUGGGAAAUUAAAAAUGUUAAGGAAUGAGCUCCCAAAUUCCGAUGUUUUCGAGCCUGCAUCAUCUAUAUAUAUGGCACCCGUAAUAGAGGUGAAAUUCGUUAACAACGACUCCAUCGUUUCGGAUAAGAACUUUGAGGAAUCGGAGCUUAUGGCAAACAAACCCCUAACGACUUUGGCGAAUCUGUGCAACCAGUGCCGAAACUUGUCCCGGAAAGCAAGAAGGUUUCAGCUCGCCUUUCUGUUCAGCGAUUUUCGGCUGGACGACUCGUCACAUUUCCAAUCUUCCGAGAGCGCCGUCUUGGAAGGAGCCUUGGUUGGCAUGAGUAGCUCCAUUGAUUUCCUGUGUCAGGUCUACUUUUUGCUUAAACGCAUGAUUCUGAUACUUCAAAAUCUGUGGAGGCAAAUAGCCGCAGCCGUGCGUGUGCCAGUGGACAUCACUGAAGUCCACAUAUUCGCUGUCUUCGAUGCUAUGGCUGAAUUACUGGAGCACGUUGUCGUUUUCAACGAACUGGCGAACCAAUCAAAGAUCUCCGCCAUGUGGUCACUUUACAAGAAAAGGCUAGUUACGUUGUCCAACAACAGUAGACUAUCCUCUCACCAGUACACGAGCAUGGAGCUCAACGGCCUUAGUGGGUCCCUAGUUGACAUCGAGAGUCUGAUCACUAAGGAUUUCUUUCGGAUUCUUCUAGAUAGCCUUAUGGAGUUGAAAAAGGACUUCAGCCUGAACGUUGUGAACAGCAUCACCCAGCAUUCCAAUGCCUACAUUCGCAAACAGUUUCUUGACAUCGAUGUAAGUCAGAACAACGAAUAUAGAAACUACGAGGACCCCAAGCACAUCAUUCGCCUGACUUCCUUCGUUGUGGUGGUACAUGAGUUUGGCAUCCAAAUGGAGGCAAAAUUAGUCCGGAGCGUUGUCGACUUGGUGGGCAGGCAUCAGCAGGUGCCCCUCAACCAAAGUGUUUUCUGGUCGCCCUCCGCAUUCCUUUCGCAACACGUCAAAACACUGAUGAAGUCACCAACUCGAACCCAAGAUCCCCACGGUCCAAAAAUUCAUAGCACAGUCCUGGAUAAAUUCAAGCUCAGCGACCAGAAGAGCUGCCGCCUGUUGGGCACCCAGAUCUCGCUGUGGUCGAUUCAAAUGCAGAGAGUGUUCGAUGCCGGAGUCUUUGGUCACCUAAAGACCUUCUCGCAGCUGAUUCUCGCAGGCCACUCCUAUGCAGAGCAGGUCACCGUCCUGGCAGUCGCCCUGAUCAACCGCCACGCGGCCCUCAUGACGCCCUUGUCCAAGUUUGACUGGUUCGUGGUAACUCGAUUGCUUCAGUACCUAAAGGUUCUUCAGAAUACCUUCGAGACAAACCAAAUAAGCUUCGUGCGAUUUAUCAGCUCGCUGAUUCAAUGGCAGAAACAAAAGGUCCUGCACUUGCUACACACCACAAAAAAGAAGAUCGCUGAUCUCAAGCUGCUGCAGCGCAAGAUGAACUUUUUGUCAACGAUGAAGCUGGUUGAGAAGUCCAUUAUGGGUUUCCCAAGCAAAAACCGACUGACUUUUAUAAAUCUGGCACUUGGCGAGUUCCUCGAUAAUCGCAUCCUGCCUGCCGAUAACCAGAAGCUGAUCAGGUCGAUUAUACUUCGAGCUAAUAACAUCAGCAACCUUAUGCGCGAUAUCAGGGGGCAAUUGGACUCGUCGCACUCGCCGAGCCUGAUAUAUAGUUACUGUUUUAUGAACAAUGCGGUGCUGAAGGAUUACACUGAGAUGCAGCGUAAUCCGUACUCCCUACAGAACUUUGUGUCGGUGAGCCAUCACCUGGACAAGAGCAUGGCUCUAUUCAGGGGUUCGAGGUUUCCCAAACAAUCGGCCAGCGACUCUAUUAUCGCGUUUUUAAGUAACCACUUUGAGUUCUUUCUGCGGGUGGAGGCCCUUUCGCACCUGUUCCAGAAUCAAGAGCAACCAUUCCAGCAAAGUGCGUUAGACUAUCGCCUUUGCAUCAAUGCAGGGUCUACUGAAAACGUGGGAGAGUUCAAUAUUAUUAGAGAUCACCUAGAAAACUAUUUUACUGCAACGUUCUACAACCUAACGACAAUCGCCCCGCACGACUGGAAGUCAUAUGAAAAGAUGCGUCAUUUGGCGAACAAGGUCCUGCAGCUCCGUCCCAUGGAUGACCACCUGCCCAAGCAGAUCAUUGACCAAGGUAUAGACGUGCUCCAGAUCAUGCGCAAUAUCCACACGUUUGCCUCCUCCUAUGCCUACAAUAUGAACCUGCAGUUGUUUGUGGAGACGCACAGCAAGAGCAAGCACCUGGACAUCAUCGGCACACGGCAUGUGGCCAACUCGGUGCAGACGCACGGCACCGGGAUCAUCAACACCACGGUUAACUUCAUUUACCAGUUCCUGCGCCAGAAGUUCUACACCUUCUCCACUUUUCUGCACGACGAGCAGAUCAAAUCGCGGCUGCUCAAAGAGCUACGUUUUCACUCGGAGCACAAGCACAGCCAGUCCUACCAAUCGUAUCCAUACGAGCGCGCUGACAGCUUUCUCAAGAAGAUCAGAAAACUGGGUUGUUCUAGCAACGGCGAGACCUAUAUGGACCUAUUUAGAAAGGUUAUCACCCAAGUCGGCAAUGCUGUGGGCUAUGUGCGCCUCCUGCAGGCAGGAAGCAAGAACGCGAACUUUAGGAGCCGUUCAUAUAAGACCAGGCUUGACAGUAACUUUAAAUCCGGAGGCACUAAAGUGCACGAGGCCACAGAGGGCUCCAUCAAGGAGUACGAAAAGAGCCUAGGCCACAUGAAAGAAUGCUAUUCGGACAGCACAAAUUACUUUAAGCUGCUCCUACAAGGUUUUCAGCCUUUCCUAUGCAAUCCACAUAACCAUCACCUUAAAACCUUCUACCUGAUCACGCCUGCGCUCAUAAUGAACUACAUCGACUACAGGGUUAAGCAGAAGCUCAAGAUCCACAAGAAGGACCAGACCAAGAUCUCGCUGUUCGAGGAUGGCUUUGCCAUCGGCCUGGUCUACAUUCUCAACCUGCUGAACCAGCAGUUGGAGUUCCAUGAGCUGGGCUGGAGCCAAACCACCACCCAGCACCUGAACGAGGAGCGCUACAAGGUGCGCGACGUCCUGAAGCGCCAACAGACUGCAUCCGAGCAGCUGGACGAGAAGCUCUUGCAGACGGUGGCCAUAACAGAACGACAUAUGAAUGCAUAUGAACAUGAAUACAAUCUACUGUACGCCACCCUGAGCAGCUCCGAAAUAUUCUUCCAAUAAAACUGUUGACAACACACUGA